CCCUAAAUAUGUUUAGAUAUAUUUAUUUGUGCGCUCCACACUACAAUGCAAGUGUUAUAUUAGAUCGAAUAGUCCAAUAUCUUCAAGUAACUUCCACGAUGCUUUACAAUGUGCCUUUCCAUGCAAAAUAUUAAAGGGCUAAAAGAGUAACAUUUUCCAUGUUCUUGUCACCCCGGACAUAGACAACUCGCCAGACAGUCGAAAGUAACUGACCAAAAUACGGCUUAAUCUGUUACAUGUCAGUCACCCGAGAAGCUCGAGUGAAUCUCUAUAUAUGUUCUGGUCUUGUGCAUCACAGCGUUUGGACGUUGAUGUCAUGUUGCAGACGCUGGGCUUGGAGAGCUGACCCAUACAUAGAAUAGAAUAGAAAAUAUUUGAAUUGCCACAUGGACCUAAAGAGUCUUGCGCGUGACUUUCAGCGUGUUUGACGAUAGGUUUGUGAUGCCCGUGACUACUGACCGUCGACCUUCUCUCAGAGGCAGGACAGAAAUGUAGAGGACUGGGGUCACGGUCCAUUUGUGUCCGUCCAGGGCCGACGGGGAUCGUGCUGUUUUCGGACUUGUCUUUCAGAAAACACUGCCUGUUUUGUGGCGCUUCCGAGUAUUUUGUCUUUGAGCGUUAGGUUUGCGCGCAAGAUUUCGUUUGCAGCCUAUAUUAGCGAUAAGGACGAUUGGUGGGGAAGUUUUAGCUAAAUAAUUACAGCAUGGGCCAAACGUAAUUAAUAAUAAAUAAUAAUGCGUGAAAGUAAUCAUCUGAGGGAAAAUCUUCUAAUAAAAAAAACAGAUCGCUGCAUUGUUGUUGCGAUACAGAGGACUGUUUGCUCAAGUCACCUUUUUUAAUUUUAAGAUUAAAUUGAGUUUUUUUUUCUUUCUUUUUUUCUUUUUCCUAUCUCUUGGGGUCGUUUCCCCGCUCUAAGCUCUCGAGAGCAAUCUGUGUUAAAUAUUUAAUCAGGCGUCGUUUGGUGGAAUUCAAAAGAACGCCAAAGAACGCCAGAAAUCUUUAAUACAACGCGAAUUUUCUUUUGAGGUUUAUAUUGUGUAUUGAGUAUUAAAAUUCUAAUUGCUCAAUGAAAUUGACUUAAAUUAGCUACAUAAUAAUUGUUAUUAAUAUAAUUUAUCCGAUGCAUUUUAUAUUGGUAUUGCAGGCGGGUUUUAAUAAUAACUAAUAAUAAUAAAUAUAAUAAUAUAAUAAAUAAAUACGCAAUAUAACCCCGUGGUUUGUCAAAUUUGAUAUUUCUUCAAAUUCAUCAAUUGAUUAGCCUAUAAGCAGGCAAUAUGUGGAAGACAGCUUGAUUCCUCACGGUUUUACAAAAUAAAGAGAUGCUUGGCAGUGUUAUGAAAGCGCUUUAUCGUCUGUGGAAACACCGUUGAGUACCGGGGAACGUAUAGCACAGCACUUACUGUAAACGCUUUAGAUUCGCGUUCAGACAGUGUGCGGAAACUCAAAAUCACACCAGCUGAACUUUCAGACAGAUGUGUCAUGCGAACAACAUGCUUUAGCCGGUCGCUAAUGCUUUAAUGGCGUGCGCUGUGAAUGCGUUAAGAGCGUUUUUCAGGCGAAAUCGGGAAAGCGUGAGACCACUUCCACUGCCGGAGCGCUCGGUCCCUCUAACAUCAGCUGAGUUUUUGCGGCGAAUUUUGAAAAUGACGCAAGGGAUGACCGCGACCAAUCAGCGCUCGGAACGGAGAUUGACAUGUAAAUGGCUUUGCCUUUUAAGGGCAAGUCUCCGCCCUCGUCAAGUCCACGCUUGUCCCCCCCGAGAGCGCUGGAGCCGCGGAACCCGAGAGAAGGUGCGCUCCGCUGGGACAGAGGAGGCAUAAAGAGACGGGGAGGGAGGGAAUGAGAUUUCUUGCUACCCAAUCCCUCUUUUCCCCAGGGACAGCAAGCCUUCCCUGGUCCAUCCCUCCCUCUUGUUUGGUAAUCAUUUCAUUUUACUCCUUUUUGAAGCAGUCGCCCGUUUUAUCCCACUUUUCAUUUCACAAUCCCGUGCGCGUCUGUUCGCCUUCUUCUUCAGAGCAAGUUCGCGUUCUCCCCUCUUUCUCCCCGCGACGAGAAGGUCUGCUUGAUCCCGGCUGAUCGUUUCCUUUGAGAUGCUCCACAGCUCUUGCCUUCUCUCCACCCUCUUUUAACUAGAGACCGGUUAAUCUUGAGUGAACUGAACUUGGGUUUGGAAUCUAAAAGAAAGAGGAACACCCAAAGGGAUACGGCAGCGCGUCUUUGGAUAAGGACCUCUUUCCCCUUGUUGCACUUUGGGGAAGAUUUUUUCCCUUUCAGUUGGUUUUUGUUAAUCCAGGUGGUGCAGGAGGAUUAUUCCACUCGAGCUGGUGUAGAGAGACAUCCCCCAGAAGGCUAUUUUCAUGUUCUCCAUCCAGGACGGUCUCCCACGGGGAGCCUUGACCAUGAAAGAAGAGCCCCUUACGAGUGGCAUGACGCCGGUGCGCUCUUGGAUGCAGAGCGCGGGGAUACUGGAUGCCAACACAGCUGCGCAAAGUGGUGUGGGUUUGGCAAGAGCCCAUUAUGAGAAACAGCCUCCCUCGAACCUGCGCAAGUCAAACUUCUUUCACUUUGUUCUGGCCCUGUAUGACCGGCAGGGACAGCCCGUCGAGAUCGAGAGAACCUCCUACGUGGAUUUUGUGGAAAAAGACAAAGAAUACAAUGGCGAGAAGACCAACAAUGGCAUCCACUACAGGUUACAGCUUCUCUACAGCAACGGUAUCAGGACAGAACAGGAUCUGUAUGUUCGGUUAAUAGACUCCAUGACUAAACAGCCAAUCCUUUAUGAAGGCCAAGACAAAAACCCAGAGAUGUGUCGCGUUCUCCUCACCCAUGAGAUCAUGUGCAGCCGGUGUUGUGACAAGAAGAGCUGCGGGAACCGAAACGAGACGCCAUCUGAUCCUGUCAUCAUCGACAGAUUUUUCCUGAAAUUCUUUCUCAAGUGUAAUCAGAACUGUUUGAAAAAUGCAGGGAAUCCCAGAGACAUGAGACGAUUUCAGGUGGUGGUGUCCACCACAGUGAAUGUGGACGGCCAUGUCCUGGCAGUGUCAGAUAACAUGUUUGUCCAUAACAACUCCAAACAUGGAAGGAGGGCGCGACGCCUGGACCCUUCUGAAGCAGCCACUCCAUGCAUUAAGGCCAUCAGUCCCAGUGAAGGAUGGACGACUGGGGGGGCCACCGUCAUCAUCAUUGGGGACAACUUCUUUGACGGUUUACAAGUGGUCUUCGGCACAAUGCUAGUUUGGAGUGAACUCAUCACACCUCACGCUAUCCGGGUGCAGACGCCCCCUAGACACAUCCCUGGGGUCGUGGAGGUCACACUUUCCUACAAGUCCAAGCAGUUCUGCAAAGGAGCUCCGGGACGUUUCGUCUACACAGCUCUGAAUGAACCCACCAUAGACUACGGCUUCCAGAGGCUACAAAAGGUUAUCCCUCGUCACCCUGGAGACCCAGAGAGGUUACCUAAGGAGGUUCUUCUGAAAAGAGCUGCAGACCUGGUGGAGGCACUUUAUGGAAUGCCUCAUAACAAUCAGGAGAUCAUUUUAAAGCGUGCUGCAGACCUGACGGAGGCGCUGUACAGCGUGCCGCGGAGCCAUAACCAGUUGCCCUCGCUGACGGGCUCCGGCGCUCACUCGGGCAUGAUGGGAGUUAACUCUUUCAGCAGCCAGCUCGCCGUAAACAUCUCUGAGGCCUCCCAGGGAGACCAAGGUUACUCUCGUAACUCAAACAGCGUGUCUCCUCGUGGGUACGUGCCGAGCUCUACACCCCAGCAGUCCAACUACAACACCAUCACCUCUACCAUGAACGGAUACGGAGCCGCCGGGAUGACCAACCUGGGUGUCCCUGGAUCCCCAAGUUUCCUCAACGGAUCCGCCGCCAACUCUCCUUACGCAAUCAAACAGAAGAGCGCCUUCGCGCCUGUCGUCCGGCCACAGACCUCCCCGGCCCCCACCUGCACCAGCACCAAUGGGAGCAGUCUACAGGCUAUGGCCGGUCUGAUUGUCCCUCCCAUGUGAAGAGGAACCCGAUCUUCCUCUAAGGCUUCAUUGAGCCCACAACAAACUCACUGGCUCACCAAAUCUGUCUGACACUCUCUUAUCGAACAUCACCAGUCCUACGAGGAGCUGCCCGAAAAGAACAUCUACAACUGGAUCGCUAAAAAAAAAAAAAAAAAGAAAAGUGUACCUGGCCUGAAAAUGUCCCAUGUCCUGAAAUGUCAAUAGAUGUGUUUGUUUUGCCCUCUAUGGCUUCACCCUUGGAGACUCGCCAUACCGGGUGGCAUUUCGAACAGGAAGCAUAAAAGCUGGAUAUUAUCGCAAUGUGAACGAGAAGCCGAGGUUUUGAAACGUCCACGGCCGUAGGGGCUUCUUUGCAUGGCUGAUGUUGUCUGUAGACUGUCCGUUUCAUACUGUAUGUCUGUCCUGUUUCCACUGUGAGAAGAGACGCUCAUCCAGAUGGGACUGCGACGGCUCAAAACGCCAUUCGGAAACCAUUCAUUCCUAAUUACAAAACGCAGCGUCUUUGGUUUUCAACAUCAAGCUGAUUUUAUUUCUUUUCGCCGUUUGUUUUCAACCAUCAAAUGAGAACACGAAACGAUCCCAGACUGAAGAGCGUGAUAUUUAGCAAUCAUCAGGAUGAUGAUGAUGGAUGUCGGUCAUUCUUACUCAUACUGUUUCUGUAGUUCCAGUAUAGUUCCAGGUGUGUGGAUAGGUAGAUUUAAGCCAGGAAUGCUUUCUGCAGUUUUAAUCACAUUUAGGUACCAGACUUAUUGUUGAACUUCUUAUUGUGCUUUUUUGUAUGUAUUUAUAAAGUUCGUUUCGGGAUUUCUUUGGUGAGUUAGGCCUGAAUAAUAGUAUCAAAUAUCUAUGUCAACACAUUUGAUGUCUUAAUACCUUUUAGAUAUUGUAAAAAGAGUGAAAAAUAAAAGGGAUUACACUUUUUUUUGUAAAAACAAAAAUGACAAUGACAAAAAAAAAAGGCCUGGACAUGACCAGGACACCUGUUUUUUUGAAAGCAGGGUGCAAAGCUCCACCACUUUUGUAAAAAAAAAAAAAAAAAAAAAAAAGCAAAAACAUUUUUUCAAUCGUAUAUUUAAUGUUUUCUUUUUGCAAAAAGCAUUUGUGUUCUUGUUCCCUCCUCUUGUCUCGUGUGUUCUCGUGAAACGUGUAUGAUCAUAGUUAUUUCCUAAUGCACUAUUUUUGUUGGGGCACUUACAAAAGCUAUGUAUGUUAGCAAGCAGAUGAAAAUAAUAAUAAUAAUAAAAAAGAACAAAAAAAUUGAAAACCUAUACAAAUAUGCACCAGUAUGUUUUCAGAUGAUUUUUUGAAUCGAUUACUCUUUGCUUUGGUCAUGAUAAGUGAAACGGUUCAUCAUGUGAUUUUGUUAAUGUUUCUAAAAUGUUUCCAUAAUACUUCUCUGUCCUUGUUGAGGCUUAUUUUACAUUAGAUAUACGUUGUUUCGACUGGUACAAAGUCUAAAUUUCUAUCUAAUGUGCUGAUAAAUAUGCCACGUGUUUAAUGGAUCGCAUCAGAGAAGUCCAAACCUCUUGAAAUGGAGCACAUUUUGACGUGAAAUGAUUCGUUGACGUCAAUGUUGCUGGUGAUAUUGUUAGCUGUUGCACACAUAUGCACAAGUUAUGCAAUUUGUAUUUAAAUGCAACUCGCAAUCCACAUUUCGGUGGAUUAGCUGUGAAAUUAAUUAACGGAAGGAGAUAUAAUGAUGCCUUAAAAUAGGAUUUGCUCCUCAAAUCAAAAAAUUGUCUGUGAUACGAUGCAUUUAAAUACUUAUGAAGCGACAAUGUUUUAGGUCUUAGUAGGGAAAAGGUGGAAAAUUAUUGUGGAAAUAUGACUAUGGUAAUCAAUGUAUUGCAGGUUGUCAUCUUUACGAAGGAGGUUUCUUAAUCAUGUUUGCUUUUGUUUCUGUUUGUGGUUAAAUAUCACAGACUGACCACUUGGAAGCAAUGUAAUUUUAAUAGUCCAGUCAUGAUUUUUCUCUAUUUUCCUGAAGUGAGUGAAGGUGUGUUUGCUAAGAUGAAUUGUGAAAGAAAUUGUGGUUUCUGAAAACCUCUUUUAAUUUCACAGGUGACCUAAUUACUUCACAUUCAUCCUUUUGGGGUUUAGACAUAAAUGGGGUAAAGAAAAUAUAAUUUGACAGUGCCCUAUUAUAUGAAAACAGCUGAAUUCAAUCUCAAAGUUCACUUGAAAACAUCUCAGAGAUCCAGCUUGGCUGGAAACACACACACACACACACACACACAUACACACGUCCAUCCAUUUCACCCAUGUGUUCAGUUUCCUAAUAGCUUGUGAAAGGUUUUUUUGUCAUAGAUGUAGAGAGCUGGCUUCUGCUUUCUUUUUCAAAACCUGUUUUCUUUGGAAAAUGUUAAACUCGAGGUGAAAUGGAGAAAGGUACUGCAUCUUUGUGAAAUAUGAAAUAUUAUAUCAAAAUAUAUCAAAGCACAAUGUUUAAUUAAUGUCUUUAGAAUUCAGAUAGGGAGAUGUAUUCUACUUUCCUUUUUUUCUCUCUGACCAUGCUGUAAAUAAAUGCAUGUUUUUCCCUUCGUUUUUAUUUCGUUUUUUUUUUCCUGUGAUCCCGUGCUUUUUGUACAGAAACAGAAAAUAAAGAUUACAUUUGGCU